ACUCGCUCUUCGCCGGUUGCGGAGAAGCGGCAGCGCUGGAGACCGCCACAUCCCGUGGCCGGGCCCCGCGGUCGCGCUGUGAGAGCAGGGGAAUCGCUUUGCACCAUCCUGCCCGUCCUGUCAGAAUUAGUCCUCAGAAUGAACGCAGGCGUCGCAGGGCGCAUGCGCGGGGGGCCUGGGCAUGCUCAGUAGCGGCGCUGACGCCGCUGUCCUCCCUCCUGCUGGCGGGGCGAGGGGCGGGAGCAUGGUGGGCAGCUCUGAUAGCACCACUGACGGGCUGCGGGAGCGGGCUGGCACCGGCACCGAUCUGGGUAGCAGUGCGCUGGGAGCGUCUGAUAACCCCGGCCCUGCCAAAAAGGACUUAUUUCCCUUUAACUUCUGGCCGCCCCCGGCUUUGUGCGAGACAGGGUCGCGUUUCCCCGCUGGGGACAGUGUCCGCUCGCGGCUCCGUUACCGGCAGGUGGUUCCCGCGGUGUCUCUGGCCCCAUCGAUUACCUCAGUUCCAGAAGGACAGGGAACUGCUGGAGAGAGUCCAGCGCAGAGCAACAAAGAUGAUUAAGGGAGUGGAGCAUCUCCCUUAUGAGGAAAGGCUGAGGGAGCUGGGGCUCUUUAGCUUGGAGGAGACUGAGGGGAGACCUCGUUAAUGUUUAUAAAUAUGUAAAAGUUCCUCAGGCUUAGAAUGGAAAGAGUGAAUACGUGAGAUUGUCUGGCCAUGGGAAGGAGAAGAUGCCUGCUCCAAGGGUGCCAGUGCUGGCAGCAAGAUCACUGGAUCUCUUCUAUUCCAGGAGACAUGGAGGUCUAUUUGUGGUUGGAGCUACCUGACUAGCUAAAGUAUAGAUCAGUCUGCUAUGAAAGUACCUCCCAUGAAGAAGACUGCCUGAUCGCUUAGUUUGCUCUGAAUGUAUCACGUUAUCAGAUAAGCCUUUUCGUGAAAUUAAAAACCAAAACCAAUAUUUUUCUGUUUUCUGGGUUUGGCUUGGAACUUUUUAUCCCCUUUUUUGUCAAUUCAGUUUCAGGAAUAGACUGAAGAAACCAUGGCAAAUCAACGGGAUUAUAUUAGCAGACCUAUUUGCAAUGGAAUUUCUGUUCCUGAAAAUAAGAUCAAUUCCUUAGUGGCUGAAGGUCAUGGACAACAAAUUCUAAAAGUACUACAAAAGUUCAGAGAACAAAAUAUAUUUUUUGACUUUAAAAUUCUUGUGAAAGAUGAGAUAAUCCCUUGUCACCGUUGUGUACUGGCAGCAUGCAGUGAUUUUUUCAGAGCCAUGUUUGAAGUUAAUAUGAAAGAACGAGAUGAUGGCAAUGUUACUAUUAGUAAUCUGUCACCCAAGGCAGUGAAAGCUUUUCUUGAUUACGCUUACACAGGAAAAACAGAGAUAACAAACGAUAAUGUGGAAAUGCUCUUCCAGCUGUCGUCCUUUCUUCAAGUUUCACUCCUUUCCAAAGCUUGCAGUGACUUUCUAAUAAAAAGUAUUGAUCUUGUGAAUUGCUUACAGUUGCUUUCACUAUCAGAAAGUUAUGGCUCUGUCCGCUUAUUUGACCAUGCACUAGACUUUGUACAGCACCACUUUUCCUUGCUACUCAGAUCAAGUGAUUUUUUGGAGAUGAAUUUUGAGAUAUUACAAAAAUGCCUUGAGGCUGAUGAACUAAAUGUCCCUGAGGAAGAAUCAGUAUUGAAAGCCGUCCUUCAAUGGACCAAACAUAACUUAGAAACACGGCAGAAAUACCUGCCUAAUUUGAUUAAAAAAGUGAGACUACACCAGUUACCUGAAAAGACUUUGCAGGAAUUUCUACAUUCUGAAGAACACUUACUUAAGACCGCUAAUUGCUCAGUAAUAAUCAAUGAUGCAGUUAAAAAUGUGCAAGACUUUAGUGGACUGUUUCCAGAUGCACGUCCUUCAACAACAGAAAAAUACAUAUUUGUUCACAAAACUGACGAAGAUGGAGAAAACAGACAUACAUUCUGCUACAACAUCAAAACAGAUAAAUGGAAAGAACUACCACAUACGCACAUGAUUGAUCUUCCAGGGUCAAGUUUAUCUAGCUAUGGAGAAAAAAUAUUUAUAACUGGAGGAUGCAAAGGGAAUUGUUAUAGGACUGUCAGGCUUCAUAUUGCUGAGCCAUUUCAUGAUGCCACUGACCAAACCUGGUGCUACUGUCCAGUCAGCAAUGAAUUCUCCAUAGUCUCAGCUAUGAAAAAACCCAGGACAAUGCACACAUCUGUUGUAACGUUAAAUCAGCUGUUUGUAAUAGGUGGAAAGACCAGAGGAGCUCAAGAAACCCGAAGUCUUUUGGAUGUGGAAUCCUAUAAUCCUCUUUCCAAAGACUGGAAAUCGGUAAGCCAGUUACCAAGAGGUAUCUACUAUCCAGAAGCAAGUGCAUGUCAGAAUAUAAUUUAUGUUCUGGGCUCAGAAGUAGAGAUUACUGAUGCCUUUAAUCCAUCUCUUGACUGUUUCUUUAAGUAUAAUGCUAUGACUGAUCAGUGGUCUGAGCUUGUAGCAGAAUUUGGGCAAUUUUUCCAUGCAACUCUGAUCAAAGCUGUUCCAGUGAACUGUACAUUGUACAUAUGUGAUCUCUCCACCUACAAGGUCUACAGUUUUUGCCCAGAAACCUGUGUUUGGAAAGGGGAAGGAUCUUUUGAAUGCGCUGGCUUUAAUGCAGGGGCAGUUGGGACAGAAGACAAAAUUUAUAUAUUAGGUGGUGAUUAUGCUCCAGAAGAAAUCACAGAUGAAGUUCAAGUCUACCAUAGUAGCAGGUCUGAGUGGGAAGAAGUUUCACCAAUGCCAAGAGCCUUAACUGAGUUUUACUGUCAGGUCAUUCAGUUUAAUAAAUAUAGGGACCCCUGGUCAUCUGUACUGACAAUUUGCUCUGGAGAAUUUUGAAACUCCUGAGUAAAAAAUCUAUUUAAAUACACAAGUUUUAGAACGGAUUUUUAGGUAUUAAUUUACAGACAGAAAAAUAUACAGUAUUUUGUUUAAAUCUUCCAUUUACAUUUUAUGCUAUAUAAUUGCUUUUGGAAGAGUCCAUUAAAUUGUCAUUCAUGCUAGUCAUUAUAUAGAAUUAUUACUUAAUUUUUUAUGCAAGUCUUCUCUGUAAUUAUCUGAAUAAUUUGCAAAAUGAUAUUACUUUUCAAAAAAGCGUAGUUAUGAGGCAUUCAUUGUGUAAUAUGUGCCAUUAUUUCUGUAAUAUUCACAGUUGUCCCAGUAGACAAACUGCUGAGUGAGAAAACUGACUGUGAUACUGUUUUCCCUAUGUAACUGAAGUUUAAAAGAAAUCGGCUUUACUGUUGCUUUACUUAGUUGUUUUGGUUUUGUUUGUUUGUUUGUUUGUUUUUUAAUAUUCGUAAACCUGUAAGAGGAAUUAAUUGUCAGCUUUAUCUUAUCAGAAUGAUCUUAGCAAGGGCAAAAUUCAAAGUGACCUUCACAGCAUUAAAACCAGGUAUCUAACUUGAAGAGUCUGGUAAUUCCUGUCAUCUUACUUCAGCUCUUCAGUUUUACCAGUUUUUCUCCAUCCCUGUGCCUUAGUAGUAGCUGUAAUUUCUGUUUUCAUCUCAUUAAGUGUGGUAAGAUAAACUCUGAUAACAGCGCAGGGUAGAGAAGAUUUCUACAGGGUGGAUGAUUUGUGUGGUAUCUUUGCUUCAGUCAUGCUGUUAACUAAAGGUAAAGCACUUCAGGAUGUUUUCUAACAGAAGUCUUCCAUCUCUGAAGUCUCCAGUGCUAUCUACUGAACAGCUACUAGGGGGCUUAGAGCAGCAAGCUCUAAAAUAAAUGUUAGUGGUUGCUUCGGUUAACUAUGGGAAAAGUUCGUAUCUUGUCAUACAUGAAAUAUAAAGUUACAAAAAUAAAUCCCAAUAUUUAAAGUAGAAGUAAAUAGUAUUUCUGAAGUGAAAGGAUUCCUUUUUUAAAACUUCUAUAGUGGUUUGAAUGAAUUAAAACACUUUCAUCUUGUACUUCAUGGUAAUUUUAAGUGUUAAAAUAUUACACUGUAAACACUACACAAUAUAUUGCCUGAUAAACUUUCAGUAGUUAUCUAUGAUAAUGUUAAAAUUGUAAUGGACUUCUAGUAUUAAUACUAGUCUAGGCAUACAUUAUGAAGGAAAUUUGAUCUCAUGCAUACAAAGUAUCUGACCGAAGGACACAGAAAUUAGCUCGGUAUUAUAAAUGCAUGUGUAAUCUUCCACAGCCUGAGAUUUUUUUUCUUUCCAGCUAUUUGAAGAAGAUAUUGGGAGCCCUUGUGUUCCAUAUAAGUAUAAUUUAAGCAGUAAGGUUGUCUUAGGCCAGGCAGAAUAGUUCUAAAUAUCUACGCACAUCUUUUCCAAGCAGUUUAAAAAUUAACAAAAUUUAGCGAGGAAUCUAAAACGUCUUUCAUAUGGCUUGAGAUGACUGCAGUAAGUUCACUAUCACGUCACUACUGAAUUUAUUUUUUGCAAAACUCAAGCUCAAUAUUAAUGCUUAAAGCUUAAUACUGCCUAGCAACAUACUUCUGUUUUAAACAGUGAACAAGGGAAAGCGCAAAGUCUGUGAUUAACUCUAUAAUAUGUCGUCAGAUACUUUUAUAAAUUUAGAUAAUAUUCAUCAUAAGUAUUUUCAUAAAGAUGUAAAUGAAAAUUAUGCACAUUUGGAGAACACAUUAAUAGAGUGGAACCUUCCCACUCAAAAGUUUAUUUGUAUUAAGAUGUGUGCAAGUUCUGUAAAAGUAAAUAGCUUUUUAUUACAGUAUUUCAGGCAACUUUCACAUUUAUUUUGCUCUUUUCAUAGUGAGUCUCCAAAUCUUGUAACUACACUUAGCCAGGUAACCUUUACAAUCACCAUACUGAAAUGUAAGCAUUUUUAUAUUGGAACACGACUACCUUUUGUUAGUGCAAAACAAAUGUAUUGAAUAGUUUACAAGAGAUGGAGAAUACUAUUCCUGCCUACUGAGGCAGUAGGAGAAAAAUAAAUAGAUAUAUGGAAGAGUAGUUUUAGCAUUAAAAGAGCUACUUACAGUAGCAUAGAGUCUUCAUUAAUCAUUAAUUGCAGCUUGUCACUUCCUCAGAAAUACAAGGCCCAAUUCUCCUCUGCUCGUGUUUUUGUGUUUUAUACCCAAGUAAUACGAGUAUGCAAUUUAUGCAAUGAGAAAAGUAACAUAUGCCCAUAGUGCAUGGGUGUAAAUAGCUAUGCAAACUGGAAUAAACUAGAGAAUUGUGAGGUUUUUUUAAUUGCCACUGUCAUGAGGAGGUUGCUGGCUUAUGUAAACAGCAAAUGAAUCGGUAAUUCAGGUGAUGCUCUUUCCCCUAAGUUUUUCCUUACAGCAAGUUUUUGGCAGUCUUCCAUCCAGCUAUUGCUAUAUGUAUAAGCCUCUGGCAUAUGACAUCAGAUAGAGCAAUGACAUAGGUGGUAAAUUACUCACUAUAUAUAGUGAACACUGAAGCUUAAUUUGGAAAAUAGACAUACUUCUUUAAUACUGUAUGCUACAUUUGCACAGGAACUAGCCUCAGUUCCCAGUUUGACAAAUCAUUCAUGGAUUGCAAUUGGACUUGCGCUAUCUUACUUAGUGAUCAGGAAAUAAUGUAGGAGUGUCAGUUACUUUAUAUCAUUACUUAAAGAUACUGUGAAAUUGUAUGAAUUUUCUUCAGUUAUAUAGGUAAGGCUGUAUUACAACUCUCUCGGAGGGAAAAAAAGGUCAUUUCCCGCAAUUCCACAGAGAGUUAAAUCUGAUAGCAGAAUUGAGUGCAAAAGAAGCUGUGUUAGAAAGUCAUGGCUAAAAACAAGGCUUUAUGAUAAAAUUAGGGGCCUAUGUUCCAAAUCCUGUAGUUAAUUGCUAAUCAUGUAAGAAAUCUCAGUGAAGUCAAGUAUACUACUCAGAAGAAUAUGGAUUACUUGCAUGAGUAACUGCUGUAGGUCUGGAUCAAAUGUUCAAUCUACACAGCUGUUGCGCAAUUUUUAAAAACUCACAAAAUUAGUGCAAAGGGAGUUUUUCUACAUCUUUUCUGACUUUUCAAAGCUCACAGUACUAUAUGAAAAAGUACCUUCCUCUAAAAAUAGUCGAUGACUAGGUUAAAGAUUACCUGUGUUCUCACUGAAAUAUAGUAAGAUGUUUAAAACAUAAGAAUUGCAUGUAAAAUUAUAAUCUACUAUUUGCACUUAAACAAUGUAACCAAAACAUUUCUAAUAGUAUUCUAUUAUAUGUCACAGAACACAUUACAAGCAUGACCAGUAUAAUAUACACAAAUAUAUAUUGUAUGUGGGAUUUUAGUAUCCAGUAAUGAUUAUAUUGGAUAAUCUUAAUUUUUGAAGAAUGCUAUCAAAACAUUAUGGCACUUUGAUAAUGUUAUCACAAUGGUUUAGUUGUUACAAUAAAUAUCAAUUAUUCAGGUGUUGAUUAUGUUUGCACAGACAUGAUAAUUAUUAUUUAUGUACCAAUGAAUUUAUUUCCUAUAUUCUAAAUACAUUUGUAGUAAGUCAGUUUACUGCUGUUAAAAAUUCAUUAUAUUCACAAAACAGAGUAGAUUUAUUGGGUCAGAUUUAUUUCUGGUAUUACUCCAUGAAGAAAGCUGUGUACCUUCUCUGAUUAACAGUAAGUAGUAGGUAAGGUAUAGGCUAUAGAAUGUGCUUUCUGCAGCUGGUAAUGUGGAGUCUAAUUUUAGAUGUUUCUGUUUGUAGGUGACCAACAGGAGGCAGCAUAAACUCUAUUUUAAUUAAAACAGACAGAAACCAGGGAUAUAUUUGACAGUAUUUAUAGGUGAACACUAUGCUUAAUUUACUUUUUUCCCUUCUAACAUCCAGUAAAGCAUAGAGAUCAGUAACGUUUUGCUGCUGCCUGGGCUCUGCUGAUAUGUGGAAAGUAUGAUACUACAUGUUUGCCAACAUGUUCAUUUUUCUGUGAAAUAAAGGCACUGAGCAACGGAA